GGGCUCCUUACGAGUUCUAGGCAGCCAUGGCCGUUGCAGAGUUCCUCCGAGCCGGGACUGCUCUGCUCCAGGUCGUGGUGGGCAAUGACGCCGAACCUCUAGAUAUAGGUUGCUGGGUCGACCAGUUCCAAGGACUGGCGACAAGCCUUGAUCAUGAGGGCAAGGUUGGCACCGCAGCCUGCGGUGCGAGUGUGGAAAGAGCCUGCUGGAAGAUCUCUCAGGAUGUUCUCAUCCGACUGCGACGGCUGAGCACGAACAGGACAGAGUCCUCUUCUGAGAGCAACAACUCGAACGGUGAUCUACGUAGUGUCUUUACCGAGCAGGAUUUGGAAUCAUUCCGCACACAAUUGUUCACGGUACAGAUGCGUUGGCAGGGCCUCCAACCAGAGGAGCAGCUCGGCGAUAUUGCAUCCCAGCUGUCCGCCACCAUCUCAGAAGCACCACUCGUUGAGGACAGCACACUGGCGGGACCAGACAACAAUACCCAGAGCAAGAAUGGGCGCCCCAGGCAGGCACCGCCAAAGGGGCUGCUUCAGGAUUUCAUCCUCGAGAGCUUGAGCUUCGAAACCAUGGAGAGCAGGGAGCAAGAUGUGGCCAAAGCACACGGCGACUCGUUCGACUGGAUCUUCAACAGCGACAGCAGUCAGCCCUCGGCGAGCGAUCCCAGAUUUACGGAGUGGCUCUCGACCGAUGACUUGGGAAGCAUUUACUGGAUUACCGGGAAACCAGGAUCGGGCAAGUCUACGCUGAUGCGCUACCUAUCGGAGCACAGCGAAACGAGAAGAUCGCUUCAGACCUGGGCGGGUGACAAGCAAGUUGCAAUCGCCGGCUUCUACUUCUGGGUCAGUGGAUCCGAGGACCAGCGGUCACGGGUCGGCCUCUUGCGAUCCUUGUUACAUCAACUCCUAUCGCUCUACCCAGACAACAUCCCCGGGGCGUUUCCCCGUCUAUGGCAGAAGCUAUGCGGCAUGACCACGAAGGAGAGGAUAGGCAUGGGACUGGAGUGGACCGGCCCUGAGCUCACCAGCGGACUGCUGCGCUUGCUGGGCACCGGGCUCUCGCAGGCCAAGGUCUGCUUUUUUGUGGACGGGCUGGAUGAGCUUGAUGGGGACCAUGAGAACAUGAUCCGCUUCUUCCGCGACCUAGGGUCUGGGAAGAAUGGCUCACAGGUCAAGCUGUGCCUCUCUUCGCGGCCGUGGGAGGUGUUUGAACGGGCGUUCGCGCGUUCGGUCCCCAGCCUGCGAUUGCAGGAGCUGAUUCUGGGUGACUUGACCCAGUAUGCUUCCGACAGUCUGCGGAGGAAUCAACACAUUCGCCGAGCUCUCCGGGAGAGCACCGACGACGCCAAACAGCUUGUGCACGAGAUCGUGGCAUCUGCCGAUGGUGUGUUCCUUUGGGCUCGACUUGUGGUCCGACAGAUUAUCAAAAAGUUCGGCAGUGCCCAAACGACGGUUGCGGACAUCCGAGGCCAUCUUUCCAGUUUCCCCACCGAGCUCGCAGACCUCUUUGAAAAGCUGGUGUUUACGGACCAGCCAGAGAAGAAAACGAACGAGACAUCAAAACUGUUGCAGCUCGUACACGCUCAGGAGACGGUAGCUGAGUUUAUUAAGGACGAGUCAGCCACGUCUUUGUCCAUCUGGGACCUCGCGUUUGCCUCGAGAGCAGAAGACAACACGCUUGCCCUGACCAAGUCAGUAGAAGAAGCGGAUGAUGAAACGGUAAUCCGUCGCUGUGCCGAAACUCAGGACUGGGUCCAACGAAGCUCGGUAGGACUCCUCGAUAUCUUCCCGCGACAAAGGCAGGGAAAUAGCGCUGCACGAGAGGCUCGCUUUGCAGAAAGCGAUACGGUGGAGACUCUGGCUCGGAAAUUAGCAGGACACAAGGUUACGUACCUUCAUCGAACGGUCCGCGACUGGCUCUUGCACCCAACUGGCAAUCCAAUCUGGCUCCGGCUGAAAGCGGCAGUAGAAAGAUCAGAUACCUUUGACCCCCACCUGUAUCUGCUUCGGUCCUAUGUCCUGCGAAUGAAACAUCCUCUCGAGCAGAUUGAACACCAUCGCCGCUUGGAUGAGUGGUACCCAGACAUUGCGCUGAGCCUGACGCAUGCGCGUCACAUCGCCAAAGACGAUGAGGGCUUCCAGACAAAGUUGGUCAAUGAGCUGGACAAGACGAUCUCGUGGUACUGGCUCACAAAGCCAUCGAGUCUUGAAGACCACUGGGCACGCAACCGUUUCGGCACCUUCGAGGAGAGGCGCGGGGACAAACUUUCCAUCCCCUUUCCCUUCCUCGCCCUUUGUACGAAAUUCGGACUGGAGAAGUAUGUCCUCGACAGCUUGGAUGCGAUGGCCGAUGAUAAGUCCGAGCCUAAUGGCAAUGCACCGAGCACCCCGGGAAUCGCAGACUCGGCGCUGCCACGGGAGGGGACUCCUCUCCUCUAUCGAGCCCUCGAGUUUCUUUGCUCCCGGCAGAAGACCAUCUAUCCGCUCUCCUCGCCAGCAUUUGUCAAGUCUCUGCUAGGGUACUCGCAAAAGUACUCAAACCAUGGGGUUCUCGGCCCGCUCAUCGGUAGUCCCAACAAGGAGUUCCAGACGAAGCUCCUGCAUGUCAAGGAUGCCACCCCGUGGGUCCUGGUGCUCCGAUCGGUCAGGGACGCAAAGCGCAGGGGUUGGAUUAGACCCUUCGAUAUUGAACCCUUGGGCACGGAGAGGUGGACAGAGAUCAUAGAAUGCCUCGUCCUAGAGGGAGGCGCCAACAGACAGGUCAUCAUCCGCGAUGACGGGUGGGAUCCGGAGACAAAUGCCCUGCAAGUGCUGGGGAAUGGAGGCUUGCUCCAUGGCUACGGGGACUGGUGGGUUGAGGAAAGACUGGGGAGGCUCUUUUCGCGGGACGGGUAGUCAGCACGGGGCGAGACGUGUAGGAUACUUACAUACCGCCAUAGCAUACAUAAUCGCAAAGGUAUUAAAAG